AUGACGUGCGUGACAUCCUUGAACCACACGGUGUCCAUGAAGGGCUGCCUCUGCGUGCGGCACCUGGCGGAGGACGUUCGAGAGUUUCGCGCCUUUCUCCGUCGAUGUCCGGAGGCCCUUGAGCUCCUCGCAGCCGUCGCCCGGCCGCCUACACUGACGCAGGCCAGGAGCUUGGAAAGGGAAGAGGAGAAGUUCCACCGCAUCGCUGCAGAGCGUGCGCUGAGGGCGAUCCUACUCGAAAGCUCGGAGCGCGAGAAGGCUUCAGUGCGUGCGCGAUGCGAAGGUUUCGGCAACUACAUGCCUCCACCUGAUCCAGAGGAGCAGUCUCAAACAGGUGCUGCAGGCUUCGUCAAUGAGGUCGUGGGCUUCGUCGGGGACGCGGUGGCAGACACCGUGGACGACUUCCGAGAGAAAGGCGCAGUCGGUGCGGUGAAGGAUGGGAUCGCGGACGCUGCGGAUUUGCAGCUCGUCCAUGAAGAGAAAGCCGUUGCGAAGGACAAGAUCGACAAGGCCAGCACGCCGGUGAAUGAUGAGAUCCUGGCUUGCCGGAGGCAGAGGUACUUGACCUCAGUGAUCGACGUCUUCGUCGGUUCGAUUCGGCGUCUGCGCGGCGCGUGGCUCACCGAUGACCUCGCAGUGCAGCGUAUCCACGGCUUCGGACUCCUGGCGGUGCGCAUAAUUUGCGUGCGUGCCUCGGACGACGCCCACAAGCAGAAGCUCGUGGACUUCUUCCGACGAGAUGAGCGAAACCUCCGAGCGAGGUUCUUGGCCACGGGUGACCCACUCGACGGCGAGCCUCGAGUACUGCUGAAGGUGCCCUAUGACCGGAGCCUUGACGGUUGGGUGGAGCAUGAGUGGGACGUGCUCUCAGACCUACAGGGCAUCCCAGGGGUUCCCAAGCUCGCCGGCCCGGCCUUCUUCUUCGAGGACCUGGGCGUGAGGGCUCUGGCACUGGAGUUCGCUGGCAUGCCAAGCCUCCAGCAGCAUGCAGAGUCUAGGCGAAAGCCGGCCACGGAGGAGCUCUUUCGCAUGACCAUCUUUUUCGUCGGCACCCUGGAGAAGGUCCACCAGCGCGGCUGGCUGCACGCGGACCUACAGCCGAAGGAUUUGCUGGUACUUGACAAAUCUGCGGCCUGGCAGCCACUCCGGCAGACGACGGAGAGCAUGAUGCAGGAGGAGCCGAUCGGAUUGAUCUGCGGUUGGACGCACGCCAUGAGAUGGACGGCGGACGCAGCGGAGCUGCAGCGGAGAGAGGUCUGCGCCCAGUUGCAGGAGCUACUCGGGUCAGGGCCCCUUUCGGCGGCCUCGGCGGUCUCCAUCAGCGGAGUGGUCUCCGUGGCUGAGAGCUACUCUUCGGACAGACAGUUCCGGAGUCGACUCGCGAGCCUUCCGAGUCCUUCCGCCUUCUCGGCGCCCGAGCAGUUCGUGACGCUUUUCACGGGCCAGGAGAUGGAGACACCGGCCACGGAUGUAUAUCGCCUGGCCGCCAUCGCGACACAGACGUUUACGGGCGAGCCGUUCAAGAUGGAACGCACUCAGGAGCUCAUGACGACCCUGCGGCGCCUAUCCCACCGAGCCCUUCUGCGGCGUGCUCGCGAGCGGAGCUGCUCUUUGGGCUGCGGGGAGGCGCCUGAGGAGCUGGCGCAGGAGGUCGUGAUCUUCACUGAGGCGUUUCGGCAACUUCUCAAGGUGAAAAUUUCAGUUCCACCAACACAGGGAUUGGAGCCCUGGUUAGCAUCCUGCUUGGCGCGUGAUCCAGCAGAGCGUCUGUCGACUGCAUCGGAGGCGCUUGAGCUGCUGGGCCAGCUAUGGUCCGAGACACAGGCACAGCUGCUGAAACUCCGUCAGGAGGAGCCUGAAGCUGCAACGACCACAGACGCCACGGAGGAGACCGAGGCCACGGAGAGCAGCUCGGAGGUCGCUGUGAGGCUUCGUCGCGAGCGCCUUGAGUUGGAGUCGCCGGAGUUGUUGAAAGAGAUGACAAUUCUCUGA